GUGGGCAGCGGACCAGGCACUGGCAAUCUACAUCCCCUCGCGAUUCUUCCCUACAGCGGCCUCAAAGUUCCGCCGCUUCGUGCUGCGCUGCUGCUGCCCCGAGCUCGCCUCUGCGCUCGCACACAUGGGCGCGGGGAGGGACGCGGACGAGUUUCUGUUCCCGCUCUUUGCGGAGUUCUGCUUCGGGGAGUUCCCAGAGGAGAUUCGGAAUUACCGGGAUCUGGUGAACUCGGCGGAUAUGACCAAGCCCCACGUGUGGUACCCCCAGGCACGUGCCAUCCCUCGCAAGGUGGUUUACCACAUGGGCCCCACCAACAGUGGCAAGACGCACCGGGCGCUGGUCAGGUUCAAGGAAGCUUGCUCCGGCACCUACUGUGGGCCGCUCAGGCUGUUGGCCAUGGAGGUGUUUGACCGGGUGAACGCAGACGGGGUGUACUGCAAUCUGGUGACGGGGCAGGAGAGGAAGGAGAUGCCCUUCGCCCACCACACAGCCUGCACCAUUGAGAUGGCCAACCUGUCUACCCCUGUGGACGUGGCGAUCAUUGAUGAGAUUCAGAUGAUAAGUGAUGACUACAGAGGGUGGGCGUGGACACGAGCCCUCCUGGGAGUGCAAGCAGCGGAGGUGCACGUGUGUGGCGACCCCUCCGUGCUGCCCCUCCUGCGAGCCAUCUGUGACGCCACUGGGGACGCCUUCGAGUGCCACCAUUACCACCGCUUUGCACCGCUCACAGUGGACCAGACGAGCUUGCAGGGCGAUCUGGGGCGGGUAUCACCUGGUGACUGCAUUGUGGCGUUCUCGCGGCGAGAGAUAUUCGAAAUCAAGCGGGCAGUGGAGAUGACAACGAAGCACCGGUGCUGUGUGGUGUACGGGGCACUGCCACCAGAGACGAGGCGGCAGCAGGCGAGGCUGUUCAACGAGGAGGAGAGUGGCUUCCGUGUGUUGGUAGCUUCGGACGCUAUUGGAAUGGGGCUCAACCUCUCCAUCCGCAGAGUGGUCUUCUCAACCCUGCACAAGUUCAACGGGGAGGAGAAGAUCAUCAUCCCUUCACCCAUGGUGAAGCAGAUAGCAGGGAGGGCGGGCAGGAGGGGAAGCCGCUACGAGGAGGGAGUGGUGACAUGCCUGGACCCCACCGACACGCCGCUGCUCAUCGCUGCUCUGCAGGACCCCGUUGAGCCCACCACGGCUGCUGGCCUCUUCCCUCUCUUCGAACAGGUGGAGGUGUUCGCCAGUCAGCUGCCUGACGUGUCCUUUGCCAGGCUGCUCGACAGAUUCGUGGAGACAUCGAAAUUAGACGGCACCUACUUCCUCUGCCGCACCGACAACAUCCGGCGUGUCGCAACGAUGCUGGACAAGAUUAAGGGUCUAACUCUCCGCGACCGCUUUGCCUUCUGCUCGGCGCCAGCCAACGCCAGAGACCCCACCGUCAUGGCCGCCCUCCUGAGAUUCGCCCACCAGUAUGCCGAAGGGAGGCCGGUGCCCCUGUUGGCGGGUGGUUCGGGGGGAGAGGAGGAUGGAGGGCGGGAUGGGGAGAGGAGUGGGGGAUGGGAGGGGGGGAAGGGGGGGCCAGGGAUGGAGCCGGCGGGCCAAUGGGUGCGCGGCACGUGGCGCAGGACGGCUGCUUCGGAUCUGAUGGCUUUGGAGACGAAGCAUCAGGUGGCAUCGCUCUACCUCUGGCUCUCCUACCAGUUCCCUAAAGGCGCCUUCCCGGACGCUUCCCUCGCGACAGACAAGGCUCAGAACGCGGCCAAGCAGCUCUCCACGGCUCUUCUUGAGGCUCGGACGCCGAACCUGAGCAGCAGCUUCGGCAAUCCAGGCUCGGUCAGGGCCAGGUAUGGGCCCGGGUUGACGGACGUCCAGCAGCAACAGCUUUGGUACGUUGAGCAGCAGAAGAGGCGGAGGGAAGAGGAGAGGAGGAGGAAGCGGACAGAGGGGGUGGGAGAGGCCGGAGGAGAGGAGGAAGAAGGGGGGGGUGGAUGA